CGCCCUCUCCCUCCCUAUCCUAAACUCCAAGCAGAUAAACUGCUCUGCACUUUUCCCUCCUUCACACUUCACCAGCUUCACUCGCCCUCUCCCUGUUCUCCUCACUCUCCUCCAUGGCUCUGCCCUCCGGCUCAUUCGCGGCAUGUAGCAUCCAACCAAGGGUGCGGGCGGCGUUGCGCGCGCCGACGCUGCCGUCGCAGAACGCCGCCGUUGCAAGGAUGGCCGGCCACCGCGCCGGCGCGACGAAGGGCGGCGUGUCCGCGGUGUGCGAGCCGCUGGGGCCCGACAGGCCGCUCUGGUUCCCCGGCAGCUCCCCUCCUCCGUGGCUCGACGGCAGCCUCCCGGGAGACUUCGGUUUCGAUCCUCUUGGAUUAGGGUCGGAUCCGGAGCUGCUGCGGUGGUUCGCGCAGGCGGAGCUGAUGCACAGCCGGUGGGCGAUGCUGGCGGUGGCGGGGAUCCUGGUCCCGGAGGUGCUGGAGAAAUGGGGGUUCAUGGAGGACUACUCAUGGAUCGACGCCGGCGCGCGCGACUACUUCGCGGACCCGUGGACGCUGUUCGUGUCGCAGAUGGCACUGAUGGGGUGGGCGGAGGGGCGGCGGUGGGCGGACUACCUCAACCCCGGGUGCGUCGCCGUCGAGCCGCGGCUGCCCAACCGGAGGAACCCCGUGCCGGACGUCGGCUACCCCGGCGGGCUGUGGUUCGACUGGGGCAACUGGGGCCGGGGAUCGCCGGAGCCCGUCAUGGUGCUGCGCACCAAGGAGAUCAAGAACGGGAGGCUCGCCAUGCUCGCCUUCGUGGGGUUCUGGUUCCAGGCCGUCUACACCGGCGAGGGCCCCAUUGAUAACCUCCUGCAUCACCUCGCCGACCCCGGCCACUGCAACGUCUUCUCGGCAUUCACGUCCCAUUGACGGGAUUAGAGUUUGGGACGUUGCAGUCUACAGAUGAAAAUGCUAAAAGCGAUGUUGCAAAAAAAAAAAAGACAGCGAAAUGAUGAAUGAGAUGUUACGAAAAAAAAAGGGUGAUUUGAGCAGUUUAUGUUUCGGUGUCAUUUCGCUUUGGAUAUGUGAAUAUACAGGCAGGGCAGUUUGUCUUA